GUUGAAGUGACAGCAGUCCUUGUUAUUGACGUAUGGUGACUUGCUUUAAGAAUGAAUUAUUAUUAUUUAUAUCUAGCAUUUUCGACGAUUUUCAUAUAUAACACGGCCACAAUCAAUGCCGAGAUCAGCGCUGAAGAUGAAAAUGACUCGACGCGGUACGUGCUCGAGGGCAGGGCCUUCCCGCUGUCCGACUACCCCCAGAACCAGCCCAACUGGCAGGCCAGCACGAGGGUGCACGUGAACGGGGGCGAGUACGUGGGCUUCGUGAGGAAAGACGGCUCUUUUACAGUCUACAAUGUACCAGCAGGGUCUUAUGUAGUGGAAAUCCUCAAUCCAGAGUAUGCCUUCGAACCAGCCAGAGUGGAGAUCAAUUCUAAAGGGAAGUACAGGGCUCGCAAGGUGAACCACAUCAAGACUUCUGAAGUUGUCGUGGUGCCUUAUCCACUAAGAAUGAAAGCGCUUGGGAAAACCAGGUACUUCCAGCUGCGCGAACAAUGGCGCAUCGCCGACAUAGUGAUGAACCCCAUGGUCCUGAUGAUGGUGCUGCCCCUGCUGCUGGUCAUGGUCCUCCCGAAGAUGAUGAACGACCCGGAGACCAAGAAGGAAAUGGAGCAGAUCCAGAACAUGGCCAAGUUUGAGUUGCCAGAGAUGUCGGACAUGGUGUCCAAUUUCUUAGCGGGGCAGUCCCAGGGGGAAAAGGGGGACAAGGACAAGGCCAAUGGGAAUAACAAGAGGGUUCAGAAAGUGAGGAAGAGGAUCGAUAAGUGAUUGGGCGUUGAUUAGGGUCAUGUUUCAAUUAGUAGGCGUUAGUUAUCUCAAUGUUUGCAUAUUUGUUAACUCCUGUUGUGUAAUGGAAUUAGGUAAUUAAUAAUUCACAAGAUUUCACAGCUUUUGAAAAAAAGUGUUUUUAUCAUUAUAAAUUAUUAGAUUUGUUUAUAUUUUGUUCCUCUUAUGUUUGUUUGACACCUGGAUAUUCCUUAAAAUAAGGACCAUAGAUCUAAAAACACUCUAAAUACAAUUUCCUAAUUGAAGAUGAGGACAUUGAAUAAAUACAUUUUCCUACUUUUUCAAAGUUACUCCAUUCUUUAGUGGGAGAAAUGACAAUUUUUAAUUAUUUUUUUCCCACUAUUUGCUGACACAAAAAUGUCAAGUUCAUUUGGCUUUUCCCUGAGCGGCGACAGCUUCCAUUGCUUUUUUGACAGUUUCUGGAUCUCCUAGGAAUUCUAGACUCUUGAUGGGCUUCAAGUUUUCAUCCAGGGUAUACACAAAAGGAAUACCAGUAGGAAGAUUCAGUAGCAUGAUUGCAUCAUCAGUCAUUCCUAGAAAAAUAUUUUUCACCUAAUAUCUAUUUAUGUUCA